AUGCGCUUAGAAUCGUAUGACCCUGAAACCUAUCAGAGGCUUCCAUCUAUUUCCGAUGCCGUUGCGAAGUUUGAUUUCAUCGAUAGAGAGAGUCUCAUCUCGACUACUAUCCGAGAGCUCUUUCUUAGUCACAAAAUGGAUCGAACAUUUGGUCUCAUCCUUCUUCAUCGCUAUUUCGACAUCAAUGAAACCAAAAGACUCGUGGACUAUAGUGGCACCUCUGUACCUUGGCGGCUAAGCAAGACCUCAGGAAACAUAAGGCCAUCCAACUGGCUUCUCACUGCUAAUGGAGUAUACGACUAUAUGAGUUUUACUACACCUUUGUAA